UUAACAUUUAAACUAGUUAGUAUAGUCACUGCCCAGUUUUGACUAUGAAUUGAGAUAAUUAUGUAAUAUACCCAUAUGCGAUAUGAAUAUAGCAUUAUAGGGGAUUGGCCGAAUACGUACACUUUUACAAAAGCGAUCACGGAAAAUCUAAUAUCGAUUAACGAAUACGAUUUGCCGAUUUCGAUAUUUCGUCCGUCAAUAGGCAAGUUUUUAUUCAAUGCAACUUGUAUGAAUUUUAAAAGUCGCAUAUUAUGUAUAAUACGCUGGCCGGCUUCGACAUUAAAAAGAAUAUCGUGAAAACGACAGAACAAAAUUAAUAUUGUGUUGUCUUAUUACAGUCGGGUGCACAAAAUCGGAACCGUAUCCCGGUUGGUUUGAAAAUAUGACCGGACCGCCUGGAAUCAUUACCGGAAUCAUGGUUGGAUUUCUACGAGCCGUUUUAGUCGACGAAAGUAAAGUGUUCGAUUUAGUUCCGGCCGAUUACACGGUCAACGCUCUAAUCGGCGUCAUGUGGGAGACGGUCAAUAGGUAAAAGUUAUAUGAUAUAGAUUAAAGAUGGUUACAGAUGAAUCGCGAAACACUCAGAAAUUAUUGAAUUUUUCAAACGCAUUUAUUUUAAGAAUUUGAGAAUCACGCAGCCUUAACUAAUGUUACAUUAUUAUUAUUUUUUUAUCAUCUAUAUAUUUCUGGGGAGAAAACGACUACCAGUUAGCGAAGUAAUCUAUUUGUAUGUUUAGGUAAGUGCCCCCACACAAAUUAUGUUCCAAUAGACGCUCUCCUCUCAAUCUCCGACCCAAUCUUUAAAUGAAAUAUCUCGUCAACGGGAUCAAUAAUCAAUAAUUUCAAAUCAAAAUUUAUUUUAACUUGUAUUUAAAACGGAUGAGAACAAAUUGGGUUUUUUUGUGAGGAAAAUACUCGGAAUAUUUUUGGACCAAAAAAGAAUGAUGAAGAUGAAUUUGAAGUUAGGACAAAUAAAAAGUUAGGAAGAUUAUUUGGAAAAGCCAAUAUUAUUGGAAUCAUGAAGAGUAGUAGAAUAAAAUGGGCCGGUCAUGUGUGGAGGUCUGAAAGAGUUCUGAGGAACAUAACGGGAUGGAAACCGAGCACGAAACGGCCCAGAGAAAGACCCAGACAACGGUGAGCUGAUAGAAUCAAAGAAGACUUUAGGUUGAUUGGGGUGGAAAACGUGAGGGAAGUGUUAAAGAACAGAGAUAAGUGGAGGGGCGUUAUUGUUGCAACGUUGGACCUUAAUGGUCUUAAGAUGCCUCAGAAAAAGAAGAAGAAUACUUAACAAUAUUUGUAUGGUAUUUUUAAUAUAGAUUGCCAUUUGAAAAUUUAAAUUUAACACUUUAGCUGCUUAUUUCAUAAAUUUUAGAAAAAAAGUCAAUACUUUGCAAAAUAAUGAGUGUUUACAUUAAAUGAAUCACCUGUAUACUAUUAUAUUUAUUGUUUUGUGUCUAGAUAAAUUAUUUUUAUAUGACUGUUCUCGAGGACUUCUAUAGCUCCAUAAAAGUACACAAAUAUGCACUAAAAAACAACCAAAUACGUACUAAAAUAUGCUAAAAAAAAAAUCCUCCAACCCAUAUUUGUUCAUUAUUUGUCAUUACUCAUUAAUUAGGGCUCGGAGAUUAAAGGAGUUGCAUAUUUUUCUGUAUGCACUGAAUUUAUAGCAGACCAAGCUAGAAAUACUUUCUAUACGAUAGAGAGUUUAAAAAUUGACAUUUAAAAUGCAUAAUUUGUAUAUUUCAUUAAUUUUAAAGAAAAAGUGCAGAAAUAUGUUUCGUCGAUUUUAAUUGAUUUUCGCAUAUUUUUAUACAUAUUUAAUAUUUUCUAAAAAAAACUGAUUUUUUUCUUUCUUAACCAAUUCAUUUUACAUAAUAUUAAAUUUAAAACUCAAUAUUAUUUAAGGUAGUUAUUUAUUGUUAUUUCAUUCCGUCUCAGUCUAUUAUUAAUUUAACGACAACGAUGCGAUUCGUAUUUAAUUUUUAUCUUAGUUAUUGCAUAUUAAUAAUGAAAUUAUGUUUUUGUAUAAUAAAUUGAGUAAUUAAUUAAAUAUUUAACAUCUUUUCAUUCAUAUUUUAGAAUUUGUUCGUGCAUAUAUGCAAAUGUACUACACCUUUUUUAGCUCCUAUAGCUUCCGAGCCCUACUCAUUAAAUAUUUUCGGGUAAUCCAAUCGUAUCUAGAAUUUUACCGUUAACAACGUUUUAAAUUUUUGGACAUAAUUUUGAAAUUUUUUUUUAUUUGAAAUAUUAUUUAGCUAUACUUAAAGCUUUUUACACGUUUAAAUUAUCUAAUUUUAAUUUUUCGUAUUUCCACGACUUUUACUAUUUAUUUUUCAACUAUAUCUUCCCAAUAAUAGAACCCCAAUAAUCUAAAUAUUAUUAUCGUACUGGAUAUACAAUAACAUAAUAAUUAUUGUAGAUAUCAACGGGACGACAGAAUAAAAAAAAAGCCAAAAAUAUACAACUAUGUUUCUGGUGUCGAGUGUCCGUUGACGUGGGGUAAAUAUAUUAAAGAAAUGCACGUUCACUAUCACAAAGCGCCUCCGUUCCGUGCAAUAUGGUACGUCUUCAGUAUUUGCUAUACCAAUUUAUGGACAGGACAAUUUUUAAGAUUUUGGCUGCACCGUAUACCCGCUGUUUUCGUGGAUUUACUAUUGAGAGUAAACGGUCAAAAACCCAAGUAAGAGCUGUGCCUAUAUAUAAUAAAUGUACCCAAUUGAAUAUAUACAUUUUUGUUGUUUUGUCGUUUGAUGAUCAAAAAAACCAUAUUGUUUAUAUACAUGGUGUUUCUGGUUUAUCCGUAUACAUUUUGAGAACGAUCUUAAUGUUAAAAACGAAAACGUGAGUUAUUGUUAACUAUCUAUAUAAUUAUUUAUUUAGUUUGAAAUUCUGUUAUAUACCAACACAGUAUAAUAACAUUUCCCUAAGUAUGAAAUAAUAAAUUUACAUGACAAUGAUAUUAAUAUUAAUAAAUACAAUGUUUUAUUUUUUAUUGACAAAUUGUAAUAAUUAAUUUAUAAAUAUAUAUAUAUAUAUAUAUAUAUAUAUGUGUGUGUAUAUCUGUGUGUCUCUGUAUGUAUAUACUAUAAGUACCUAAAAUAAAGAGUAAUACAGUAUGAAUAGCAUGAUAUUUAUGAACAUUUUAUACUUUUUCAAGUUACAUGUACAUUUUUAUAUACUACAAUUCAAAAACAUACCUAAUUAAGAUAAUCCGACCGCAACUCUGGUAUUUUUUUACCUGAUUAGAUCACGACCGCAAUUCGCAUAAUUCUUUUUUUAAGCCAAGGUCGAUCCCCGUUAGCGUUCAGUUAAGUUUUCAAUUCCACAUACCAACUUGAGAUCAAUUUCAAAAUGUACACCUACGUGGCUAUGUAUAACUGAAACGUUUAGUAUAGUCUUAAAUUAUUUGUUUUGAUUUUAAUUUAGAAUGAUGAAAAUGUAUUCGAAAACGGAAAACUUGAUGGACUUAUAUUAUACAUUUUCAACGAAAGAAUGGAAAUUCGACAACACUAAUACCAGACAAUUAUGGUCGACGAUGAAUCCGGAAGAACGCGUGUUGUUUAAAUUCAACUUUGAAGAAUUCGACUGGUUGUCCUAUAUAAAAUGUUAUUACUAUGGAAUUAGAAAAUAUAUACUACACGAAGACACAGACAACAUUUCAAAAGCACUUGCCAAAAAUCGAAAGUAUGAUUUUUUUUUUUUAUUGAUUUAUUUAAUAUCAUAUUCUUUGUUUUCAGAAUUUAUAUAUCAAUGUAUAUUGUAAUAUCUAAUCAAUUCGUAAAAUUAUAUUAACACGAUUUUUUAAAAUUUUUUUUCUAGGUUGUUCUGGUUGCAUAAUUUCUGCAUUGUUGUUUUAAUUUUUGUUGUAUUACAAAUAUGUUGGGUUUUUUUAUCACGUAUUAUAUGUUAGUGUAUUACAAAAAUUAAUAAUACUAAUAUAUGUAUAUAAAAAUUAAAAUUAAUAUAUAAAUUAUUACAAUAAUAUACAAUAAUAUACAAUAUUAUACAUUAAGUGAUGAUAUACCUAUAGUAAAUAAUACAUAUUAUUUUGUUCAAAAUGUCAAUAUAUUAUAAUAUCGUUUCAGUUUUCAUAAUUAAUUUUAAUUCAACAUGCAUUUGAUUAAUUAAUUAGGUAAUUCAAUGUUACUGAUGCGAUUUAGAAUUUAUAGCUCUAUAGUUUUGUUUUAUAUUUUACAAAAACAGCAAGUAUAUGUAUGAGUGUCCUAAAUCAAACGCAACUGAAAUAUUUUUGUUUCUGACGGUACCCAUUUGUGUAGGCGAAAUAAAAAAAAUGAGUCCUUCUCUUUUAAAAUACAAUUAUCUAUACAGGGUAUCCUACAGUGUUAUCCGUCGGUUAAUAACUCUGUCAAUACAAAUAUUUUUUUUCAGCCGGGUUUUGUGAGAGGAAGAAACAUAUUAUGUAGAAAAAAAUACAAUUUUUAUUUAUAUCCCUUAAACACUGUAAAAAAUCUAUAUUUUUAACUUUUAAACUUAUAAAAAUAUCCAUUUUGUAAAAGAUAUUAUUCUAAAAAAUAUUAUUCUUAAAACGUCAAUCUUUCAUACGUUUAUAUCAGAUAAAUAGUUUCUUAGUAUAGCGGCUUUAAUGACAGAAAUUAGACGUUUAAACAAUUAAUUUCCUAUAGAAUAACACGUUACGCGGUAAAGAACAACUAUCAGUACGGUAAUUCCAUAUCUUCCUCUGAAUAUUAAUUGUUUUUACACCUAAUUCCUUAAAGCCGCUAUAACUAAGAAAUUAUUUAUCCGAUUUAAAUGUAUGAUGCAUUGACGUUUUAAGAAUAAUAUUGUUUACACAAUUUUUACAAAAUAGAUAUUUUGAACAUUUUAAAAAAGUGAUAAAAUAAAAAGUAAUUUUUUUCAAUGAUAAAGUAAAUUACCCUUUUUUACUCUUUCACUAAACCCGAUUACAAAAAACAAAUAUAUAUUGACUGAGUUACUAACUGACAGGUACGACUGUAGGACACUCUGUAAAAGUAGUAGAUCAGAGUCGUAUUUUUUAAGGCGGAGGAGGAGAUUACAUUGUCCAAAGAACGAAUUUUUAAAAAUUAAGGGAGCAGCAUCAUCAUGAUUCGUCAAUUCAAAAAACUUAAACUUUUUUUUACCUUUUCGUAAUUUUAUAAAAAACUGAGAUGUUUAUUUACUAUUUAUAAUUUUAUUUUUGUUAUGAUACAUUAGUGUAUGACAAAAUAUUAUUGUUUACCUAUUUAGUCAAUACAGUUAUAGCUCGAUAAUCCUCAAAUUUCAAAGAAAAAAAUAAUCAAUAAAAUAGAUUGAAUUUUUUUUUAAAUAUAGAUUAUAUUUACUCAUUUUCCUCUAUUUUUAACCUUGAAUAUUUUGUAUACAAUAUGUAUAACGUUUUAUUUCGAUUAUUUUAAAAUGUUUGCUAC